UGUAAGUGAAUGCGAGCUGAAUUGCAGAUAAACAAUCUUGAAGAUUAAUGAGGGUGUUUUGGGCUCUUCUUUUCUACUACUUUCUUUUACCAGUAAAAGGUGAAGGUGGCUGUAGAGAUCUCAAGUUUCUCAAAUGCAUCGAGAACAAAACCUUAACUGGUCACGUGAUCAGUACGAUAAAGAUGAUGACACCUGCUCUUCAACUGUGUCAGAGUCAAUGUUUUCGUGAACACAAAUGUGUGUCGUACAACUUGGGUAAAGUAAUUGGACGGACAAGAUCGUGUGAACUAAAUGCCGCUGACCACUCGACUCGACCGGGCUCAUUGGUCAGCAAAMCAGGCUAUGAAUAUUGUCCAAUUCAGAAUCCCUGUCUGUCCAGCCCUUGUCCAGUUGGUAMAUUUUGCACCCCAGAUUUAUCCUGGAAUACGCACACUUGCGAAGAUUGUCAGAWUUCACCAGUACCAUUGGGUAUGGAAGAUGGACAAAUUCCAGAUUAUAACAUCACCGCAUCAUCGUUUUGGCGUAACCUUUCCAUGUACAAACCAAGUUGCGGACGCCUAAAUUUGAAAUCAGACCUGGGUGAUUGCAAAGGAGAGGCGUGGGCUUCGAAUAAGAAAAUCGCAGGUGAGUAUAUCCAAGUUGACCUUGGUAUCAUUAAGGUCAUCACCAUGGUAGCCACUCAAGGAAGGCCACCAAAAAGGACUUAUCGACAAUGGGCAACGAAGUACUCAUUAUCCUACAGUCUUGAUGGCAAACACUGGRAAGAUUACGGUGAACACGGUGUUAAGAUUUUUCCUGGUAACAGUGAUGGAACGACAGUCGUGACUAACAAGCUUGAAAAACCCAUCAAAACCAGGCUCAUUCGACUGGUUGUGAAAGAGUYUCAUCAGCACAUUUCACUAAGGAUGGAGCUUUAUGGAUGCUAGCUCGGAGUUCUCUGCAURACUAUAACCAAUGCUUUGUAAUGUAGUAUAGUAUGGAUAAUUUAGUGCACUAACACUAAUGUUUAACGAAUGUCUGAAAUAUAAUUAUCAAAAAAAAAAUUAAAAAAAAAUUAAAAAAAUUAUUAGCGUUUUGGCCCUAACCUUAUUAGAUUGAUAAAUGCGCCUAUACAUCCUUUUAAAUUCCCUAUAAUGGCAUGAUAUGAAACACGAAUCCUACUGAAAACAUAUGACCACUUUUCGACAUUGUACAGGGAGUAUGAACAAUCAACG